AUGAGUGUUUUCAAAUUGCCCAAGACCUUGUUGCACUCCAUCAAUAGUGUCAUCAAUAACUUUUGGUGGGGCCAGAAGGAGAGGGAACACAAAAUCCAUUGGAUUUCAUGGAAAAAUAUGGGAAAAGAAAAAUCUGAAGGGGGCAUGGGUUUUAGGGACCUCGAGUGUUUUAAUAUGGCAAUGUUAUCUAAACAAUGCUGGAGAAUUCUACAAGAGCCUGACUCAAUUGCAGCAAAAGUUUUGAAGGCCAAGUACUUUCAAAAUAGCUCAUUCAUGUCAGCCAAACUAGGGUCAAAACCAUCUUUUCUAUGGAGAAGCUUCAUGGCAGCAAGACAAGUGGUGAAAGCAGGAACUUGUUGGAGGAUUGGCAAUGGAAGAGAGGUUCAAAUCUGGCAGGAAAAGUGGCUUGGCCAUCCAGUGCCUAGGAAGGUCAUAAGUCCAGUAGCACAGCUUGAUAGCAAGGCAACGGUCUCUAAACUAAUUGAACAAUCCUCAGCUCAGUGGAAGGAAACACUUGUGAGGGAGGUUUUUGAGGAGAGGGAAGCAGAAUUGAUACUGCAAACCCCACUAAGCUCAAUGAAUGCUAGGGAUAGAGUAAGCUGGCAAGGGACAAAGGAUGGUAGGUUUUCAGUGAGGAGUGCUUAUCACAUGGAAAAGGCACGAGAGCAAGAAGAUAAUGGUCAAGCCUCUUGCAGCAACAACCUCAGAGAAGUGUGGAAGCAACUAUGA